CCCUGUCUUUCCCCGACUUCAUUCGGGUUCCUGCUUCCAUUAAAGAAAGAAAAAGAAAAAAAGCCGUGUCCUUAUGUCCUUUCGAUUUCGAUUUUGUUUCUCAUAAACCCAACCCAUAACAGAAAGGCUUUUUAUAAUCGGCUGGCUUUUCAGCUUCUAAAUGAGUCGGUUUCCAGAGGAGCCAGACGCAGGAGGAACCCUAGGGGCAAGCCGGAGCAGCUAACUUGACCCCAGACGCAACCGCGGCACCUUCCCAUGGCAUCUGGAUCCACCAUAAUGGACCCCAUCCGUCUGGUGGAAAACCAGAACAAUCAGCUGACAGUAAAUCCAAAAGCACUGAAGAUUCUUGACCAGAUUUCUCAGCCUGUGGUGGUGGUGGCCAUUGCAGGGCUGUAUCGGACGGGAAAAUCCUUCCUGAUGAACCGCCUGGCAGGGCAGAACCACGGUUUCCGUCUGGGCUCCACAGUGAGGUCUGAAACUAAGGGCAUCUGGAUGUGGUGCGUGCCCCACCCCUCCAAGGAGAGCCACACCCUGGUCCUUCUGGACACCGAGGGCCUGGGUGAUGUGGAAAAGGGUGACUCCAAGAAUGACUCGUGGAUCUUUGCCCUGGCCGUGCUUCUGAGCAGCGUCUUUGUCUACAACAGUAUGAACACCAUCAACCACCAGGCCCUGGAGCAGCUGCACUACGUGACUGAACUAACAGAGCUAAUCAGGACAACAGCCUCUGCCAGCUCUGAUGAAGUACAGAACUCAGCCGAGUUUGUGAGUUUCUUUCCAGACUUUGUUUGGGCUGUACGGGAUUUCAUGCUGGAGCUGGAGUUAGAUGGAUACCCCAUCACUGAAGAUGAGUACUUGGAGAACGCCUUGAAGUUGAUUCCAGGCAGGAGUCCCCAAAUCCAAAAUUCCAACAUGCCCAGAGAAUGUAUCAGGAAGUUUUUUCCAAAAAGAAAGUGCUUUGUCUUUGACCGGCCUACAAGUGACAAAACAUUAUUACUCCAUAUUGAGGAAGUGCCAGAUAAACAACUGGAUGAGAAUUUCCAGAAGCAAUCAAACCAUUUCUGCUCAUAUAUCUUUACCCAUGCAAAGCCCAAGACCCUAAGAGAAAGAAUCACUGUCACAGGAGGAGGGUUGGGGACUCUGGUGGUGGCCUACAUAGAUGCCAUCAACAGUGGAGGAGUUCCUUGUUUGGAGAACGCAGUGAUAACUCUGGCUGAGCGUGAGAACUCAGCGGUCGUGCAGAAGGCAGCCGACCACUACAGUGAGCAGAUGGCCCAGCGACUGAGGCUCCCCACGGACACGCUCCAGGAGCUUCUGGAGGUGCACGCAGCCUGUGAGACGGAAGCCAUUGCAAUCUUCAUGGAGUGCUCCUUCAAGGAUGACAAGCAGACAUUCCAGAAGAAGCUGGUGGACAUCAUGGAGAAAAAGAAGGACGUUUUCAUGAUCCAAAAUGAAGAGGCCUCUGUCAAACAUUGUCAGGCUGAGCUUAAGAAGCUUUCAGAAUCCUUGAUGACAAGUAUUUCAGGAGGAACUUUCUUUGUCCCUGGAGGACACAGUCUCUACUUAGAAGCAAGGAGCAAGUUUGAACAGGACUAUAAACUGGUUCCCAGGAAAGGAGUUAAGGCAAAUGAAGUCCUCCAGAGCUUCCUGCAGUCCCAGGCAGGAGUAGAGGAAGCCAUCCUGCAGGCAGACAAAGCCCUCACUGAUCGGGACAAGGCCUUGGCAGUUGAGUGUGCUAAGAAGCAUGCAGCUGAGAGGGACCAGCAGCUGCUAAGAGAGAAACAGAAUGAAGAGGAGCAAAAAAUGGCGGCACAAGAGAGAAGCUUCAAGGAAAACAUGAUCCAACUGGAAGAGAAGAUGGCUAGGGAAAAAGAAUACCUUCUAGGAGAGCUGGAAACAAUGCUGAACCACAAGCUGAAGAUGCAAGAAGAACUACUUACAGAAGGAUUUAAAAAGCAAGCUGAAGAGUUAAAUAAAGAGAUAGAACAACUAAACGAAGCCAUUGAAAUAACUAAAAAUAAUAAGUCCAUAAAUAUUUCAGAGGUCCUUGAUGUGGCUAGCAUGGCAUUAGUUGCAGUACUACCUGGGCAUUAUAAAUUAUUUGGUAUGGGAACGAAAUUUCUCAGUGAGGCUAUGAAAAGGGCUGAGAAUCCCUAUUAAGUAUAUCCUGAAAGGCUUCUUAUGUUUUAAUAGUGUAACACUGUAGCUCAUUUUUUAAAUAUGUUUUCAUGACAGUUUUGUUGAAGAGGAGUUUAAAAAUAAAAACUGAUUACCAAAUAAUUACUAAAGUGAUUACCAGGGCCUGAAAUGCAAAAAGAACAAACAAUUUUGAGAAUUAGUUAAGUUAAAGAAAUGGAAAACAAGUUGGAGGAUAAUGAUUAAUUAUAGAAAAGUGUUAAGAAGAGCUAAAAAACAAAUGGUAAGAGGAAGAACAGUCGUAAUCUAUGAUACAGUCAUGGAGAUCAAUUCAUUAAGUUAUAAGGAGCCCUUAUAAAUCAGUGAGGAAAGAGCAACAAACACAAUAUUUUAAAUGUACGAAAAUAUACCAAGAGAAUAAAUGUGUUCAAUUUUACUGAUUAUAAAUGAUGUACAAGGUAAAAUUAGGAGGUACCUGUGUCGCCUCUCAGAUGGGCCAGGAAGUACAGUUUGGACAGGGCACCAGCUAGCAAGAGUUCCAGGAAGUUGGCGGUCUCUGAUAUUUGCUAGGGAGAGUGCAAACUGAUGCAAAUAUAUACCAAAAAUUUAAAUGCAAAUACUGCUGAUACAGAAGUCCACAUUUAGGAAUUUAUCUUACAGAUUUAUUUACCCAAGUUAAAAAUGGCUUAUGUAGUAGUAUAUUUGUUGAAGGAUUGUUGUAAUUCCAGAAGAUUGGAAACAACUUUCAAGUCUCUCUGUCACAUACUGGUGAAGUAAAUCCUGAGACACACUUACAAAGGAAUACUCUACAGUCACUGAAAUGGAAAGGGAAACUCUUAUUUGUGCUAACAUGAGAAAAUCUCAAGAUGCAGAAAGUGUGUAUAGUUGUAUUACCAAUUUAAAAAAAUAAUGAGGGGGCUUCCCUGGUGGCGCAGUGGUUGAGAGUCCGCCUGCUGAUGCAGGGGACAUGGGUUCGUGCCCCAGUCCGGGAAGAUCCCACAUGCCGCGGAGCGGCUGGGCCCGUGAGCCAUGGCCGCUGAGCCUGCACAUCCGGAGCCUGUGCUCUGCAACGGGAGAAGCCACAACAGUGAGAAGCCCGCGUACCAAAAAAUAAAAAUAAAUAAAUAAAAAUAAUAAUAAUGAGUAUAUGCAUAUAUUAUCAUCUAUCUUUGGAAAAUACAAAAGAAAUUGGUAUCCAUGAACAUAACCAGGGCUCGAACCAGUGUCCCCUGCAUUGGCAGGUGGAUUCUUAAGCACUGUGCCACCAGGGAAGUCCCAGGAUGAAAGUAUUAAACACUACUAGAAAUAACAUGCCAGCUCAACAGGAAAAAUCUACUUAUUACAGCCAGAAACAAAAAGUAUAAGAUGUGCAUCCUAAUUUUCUUGUCAUUUGGGGCUCUUGGUAAGGCCUGGAAAUUCUAGUCCCUAAUUUAUUUACAGAUAAAACGUCCCCUGGGAUGUUGGCUAAAAUGUUCCCUAAAUACUCAGGUUUAUAAAGAUGGUGAUUUCAAAGGAAAAUUUCUCUUCAAGUUCAAUUCAGCAUUUUAGGAAUUCUUCUCAGCUGUCUAAUGCUUGACGCUUGUACUUAGAAUAAACUGCUUAUAAUUCCACGAUUGGACAAAUUCUCUUGAUUCAGGGAUAUUGCACACAGGACACAGACUUCACUAGACACCCUGGCUUCCUCCCCCUGUGCCCCUUAUUUGCUAACAUCUGUUAUUCCUUACGGUCUCUGAUUUCCUGAGACUGGGUGUGGUGUCCUUCCUCUGUGCUGCCAUUGUACCAUGUUUCCCUCUGACCACAGGACUUUUUAUAUAGUUGUGAAACUGAAAUGACCUAUUUACAUUUUGUCUCCCCUACCGAGUCAUGAUCUCAUCUACCUGAUGAUCCUCACUGUAUAUUUAGCUCCCACCACAAAGUCCACCACAUAAGCCCCAGGUGUUCAAACAAUGCACGUGAAUAAAUACAUGAGCUUCCACCCAUCAGGGCCCCAAAUUGCCAUUUCCUUCCUCUAUUAACUGCUGCCUAGGGUUCUCAAGAUGAAGUACACAGUUUUAGGAACUAGUACUAAGAGGAAUCGGGAAGAAAGCACAUGCAUGCCUGUCUGAACCUGCUGCUCUUCUCCUUGAGAGAGGGACACUCCAUGUGCUCUGAGUUACAUAAACUUUUCUCCCAGGAAACUUAGCCAGCAAUGAAGCCAGCACCUUUGGCUCACAAAACAAUGAUAUUGUUUAAAAGAGUAAAGAAAGAGCCAGUAAUUGGCAAAGCUCUCAUUGUCACCAUAAUUGUCACCUGUUCAAGGAGCUUCCGUUGAAAGAAAGCUAAGCUUUCGGUACGAGGAUCAAUUUCUCACUGAACAUGACACCCACAGGGUGACAGACUGUGGAAUCUAUAGGACGGCUCUGCUUUCUUAAGGGUUGUGAGUUAUGCUCAGUUGCCAUUUCUCUGGAAUAAGUCCUGCAGCUGGUCCAGUCCCCAAAGGCCCUCUGGUGUCACCUUUGAGGUGGAGGAAUGCCCUGAAUACCGAAUGUCUGGAUGGUCUGGAAAAGGGGGUGAGGGGGCAGUAAUGAGUUCUGCUUCCCCAUCAAAUCUCCCCAACACACAUGACAAGCAAUGUAAAUAAGAAACAUGCACACAAGUCGGUGCCAUGAAGUGAUCAUGGUUUAGAGAAAGGAAGGGAUCAGGAGUGAGGGAAAGGACAAUUAUAGCAGAGUGAAAGGAAUCUUCGCUACUUUGAUGUUCAGUCAUAAGUGGGCAUCUUUUGGAAUAAAGUUAUAUACAUCUCAAGAGAAGGCUUCAGGUGAAAGCAUCUUGCAUACUUGAUAAUUAAUAAAUAAUUGUUAAAUUACUGAAGGAAUCAAAGAUCUAUACAAGUACUUGUUCAACAAUUUUGUAGGAAGGCAGCAUCACAACCAUGCUUUCACACAGUAUUUUGGAGCAGGAAGAAGUGAGCUACUCUGGACAUUUCUACUUUCCUUUCCCCUUCUCCUCAAAUUUGUGCAUAGCCUGUGUCACAAGUGCUCUCUCACCUGUUAGCUGGGUAUUGUACAGUCCUCACAGAAUGGAUUUAUUAAGGAGAUUUAUUAAGGAGAUUCUUCAGUGUUACAGAUGGGUUACAGGAACUCAUUAGAAAUGCAAAAAAAAUAGAAGAGACUUCUCUUCAAGAAUACAGGAAGUAGCUUCUUAAGGAAGCAAGACUGACAAGACAGUGUCAGGGGGUCUCCUUCGGUCUCUUCAGGCUUAGGUUAAAUUCUGCUCAUUGUGUACAUUGAGUGUAACACAGGCAAGAACAUUUAAACAACCAGCGUGCAGCCUGGGGAAGUCCUUCUGUAUGAAGCAAAGGCACAGUCCAUGGUGGAUGCCACGAGCAGCUGUGGCAGGUCCUCUGAGCUUGAAGUUCUGUCAGGGUUUGGGUCCUCUCUGGAGUGCGGAGAAGCAGGGCAACAGGAGCGAACCCAGGAACAUGCACACUUGGCAGGAGCCACUGCCCCUGCCCUACCUUAUGUCCUGUUCAUACAAGGGGGUUGAGACCUGUUCAAUUCUCUAUUUUAAGCCACACUGACUUCAUUAUUAUUAUUGACUGUUAUGCCAGCUAGCAAACUCUUUUUGUUAAUUCAGAAAAGAAGACAUCCUGUACAAAAAUCACCUUAUCUUAAGACAUUUUAUUCUAGAUUUGGUAAAUUCACAUUCUAUAAACCACCCUAUGGGUAUAAAUUGGAGUCAGCAUGUAAAACUACGCAGCACACCUGUAUUCCUGAACUAUUUUAAUGUUAAUUACCACAUGGAAAAAAGUAAUUAUUUCCAGUUCCAAGCUGCUAUUGUCUUGAAUCUGUCUCCUACUUGGUCACUAGAAUAAAACACCUUUAUUGUACCCUCCAACUUCAUCAAUUGCCUCUGGUUUCCCUGAUUUCUGUCCAAAUCAAGAGGACUAGUAAAAUCUCUCAUUGUGGUCACAUUUCCUAUGUAACCUACCUGAUUAAGAUAAUUCAUCUGUGUACAUUGAACACUAUGUGUGACCAACUUUGUACAGUGUCAUUGCUUCGUAAAUACUCAUCUAAUAAAUGAAUGAAAGAUGGAUUUCAAUACCAAACACCUAGCAGAAAUUUUUUCUUGAAACAAAAGAUUUUUGUUUUUCAAAAGAUAAGUAAUUUACCGCUGUGUAUGUGUUCUAUGACUAUAAAACAAUUCAAAAUCAUUUUAAAACUUCACUAGUCACAGAAAGAAUAAAAAUAGUAAACUAAAAUCCCAACCAUGAGCUAGAAAUGCUGUUACUACUGAAACAUAUAAUGAUCAAGGAUUUUUUAUUAGUUUAUAAUUUUUUUCAUAAAUAGAACAAUUUUGUACCUAUUAUGAAUGGAAUUAUUCACAACCAACAUGCCUAAAUUUAUCUAUAGACAAUAACUUUGGUCAUAUGGAAAGGUAUGUGCACUGUAGGCAGGAAAUUCAUUCUUGUGUAUUAUUGGUGAAUUAAAAGUCUUAACAAAAAAAUCCUCUCCAUAACAAUAUAAAUAGAAGGAAAUUUGUUAUAUUAUUGAAUAAGCAGUACCUAGUACAAGCAUAUAGGUAGAUUGAAAUGACUAGAAAGAAUAAAAUAAUGUUACUUAUAUAUGCAAGCAUAUAUGAAUCCUUUUACAUUGCACAAUUUUCAGCCAGUAUAUAACAUGUUUUCUUAGAAUCAAUUGUAUCCUGUUUUCCCAUAAGUAGACUGGACAGCACAGUUUGCUGUUAUAUGAUGAACUUUUUGUACCUACCUUCAUAGAGUUCAAUCUAUGCUAACUUGGGAACUGAGGUAUCCAUUGUUUGGUUAAUUGCCCUCACCUAAAAGAAUAAUCUAACUUCUCUUAUCUCUCUGAGAAGAAAUGGUUACAGCCAGGAUUGAGCCUAGGUUAAGCUCCCAAGGUGUCAGGGAGCCUGGAGCUCUAACUUUCUAGGUGUUCACACUUCAAAAAGGAUGGAGCCCAAACACUUGGAGACUUCUCUGGGUUGUUAAGCUGCCAAUGGUUUUAAUUAGUUCCUGGGAAGUUUUACUGACAUUCAAAAUUUUAGAGAAAGUAGAUUGGUCCAGCAACUAUGGAAAACAGUAGGGAGUUUCCUCCAAAAACUGAAACUAGAACUACCAUGUGACCCAGCUAUUCCAAUUCUGGGUAUUUACCCAAAGAACACGAAAACACUAGUUCAAAAUGAUAUAUGCACCCCUAUGAUCUUUGCAGCAUUAUUUGCAAUAGCCAAGAUAUGGAAACAACCUAAGUGCCUGUCAACGGAUGAGUGGCUAAAGAAGAUGAAUAGUUUAUACAUAAAAUAAGUGCUACUCGGGCCUUCCCUGGUGGUGCGGUGGUUGAGAGUCCGCCUGCCGAUGCAGGGGACACAGGUUCGUGCCCCGGUCCGGGAGGAUCCCACAUGCCGCGGAGCGGCUGGGCCCGUGAGCCAUGGCCGCUGGGCCUGCGCGUCCGGAGCCUGUGCUCCGCAGCGGGAGAGGCCACAGCAGUGAGAGGCCUGCGGACGCCCCCCCAAAAAAAAAAAAAAAAAAAAAAAUAA